AAUAAUCAUGAUAUUGCUUCGUCCGAUAACUAAGAUUUUUUUUUGGAAAAGGUCAACGUAUUUUGUUUAUGUGGACUCUUAUCCGUUACUGAUAGAGCCGGUUUCCACUGUAAGGUUGGUUGGGAUCGUUUGUAUACAGAAGUAAAUCUGCUUGUACAUAUUGUACAUAGACACUAUGGACAGUAAGGUGAAUUUCAAGGAACAUAUCCCUAAAGUUCACAACCACGAGUUUGUUGAUAAUGAACACACUAGCUAUCUCUCUAAAAUGCCUGCAGCCACAGCGGAGCAACUAACCAUCGCAAAAGUAUUAUCUAGGCCAGAUAACGAUGUAAAUAUUCGGUGUUAUGUUGUUCAGCUUCAAGAACUAACUAAGUGUUCAGAGGACCAGGCAGUCACCGCAUUAUAUGACUGCGAAAAUAACAUUGAGAGAGCGGUUGAGUUAGUACUUGACCAAUUUCGCUGUGGCACAACAGAGGAAUGGCACACAACUGUCAGCAAGCGCGGAAAGACGAAGCACACUCAGUCGGUAUCUGAACAGGCACCAGAUACAUUGGUACUCCAGAAAAAAGCUUCCAAACCUAAACUUGAAAAGUCUGUUGAGAAUCAGGAUAGGAUUACGGGACAGAACGGUCCAGUAUCUCCAGUUAUCGUCGCUAAAAAUCCAAACUCGCACCCAGAAAAGUUUAAGAAAUCAGGGGCAAAAAAACGAAGCACGCACAGAACAGAUACAGUUCCUAGUGAAAGAGUUUCCAUCCCACCACAAAGUCAUAAGAAUGAUGCGUUGUGCAACACGAAGCAAUUUCCGGUGGAAAGGAAAAAUAGAAAUGAAUCUGAGGCUUGGGAUCCAUAUGCCGACUGUGGGGAGUGGGAAGGUGAUUCAAUCGAAAUAGUUAAUUCGAAUGCAUCCAUUGCAAUGGGUCUGCAAGAAGCAGUAUCUUUAAUGCCAGAACUCUUCCAUGAUGAUUCAAACUAUUCGGAAAAAAAUUUAAAUGCAGAUGAUAAUUCGCAUGUUGAUGCUGUCCAGAAUCUCACUAAAGAUCCGGACGCAUUGGAUGCAGAGUCACUGUUCGUGUCAGUCGCAAAAAGCAAACCACCUCCUCGUGCGUUUGCUGGAAAGUUGGAUGUUUCCCUGUUUUUCGCCCCAGAAUUAUUACCUAAUGAGCAGUUGAACUGGAAACCGACCUUUGGUGGUGAAUCACUUUGUUCAAAGUUUGGUUCUAAUGCAGCUACGAUCCUGAGUCCUGGAAAGAUUGGCAGUAAUGCAGACGAGCCACUUCGUGUACAAAAUGAUUCUCGAACUCUCCGGACAUCCAAAGACCAACCCGAAUGUAGUCCAAAGCAGUUCGCGUUUCCACAAAUAUCGCAGCAGUCACAUCCUAGCGAUUUUGAAAUUAAAAAUACGUCAUUAGGUGUCCUUUUAGAUCCUCCAUCUAAAACGGAGGAAAAGGUAAGUAGUAUUGCCGGUGACUAUCCAUCACGACAUGAACAAAUGGUGUCAAAAGUGGCACUCUCAUAUCCAGUAAAUCAUAAUAAACAGCCACCUUCAAUUGUUGCCAGAACCACCACUGAGAAACCCAACUAUUUGGAGCCAGCUAUAAAGAACUACCUUUUGGAGGGUCUACCGGAUAACAUGAGCAAGAUGAACGUUGGUGAAGUCUCUGGACAAAGCACAAAAGAUCAGUUUCCGAUCCAGAAUAAUGCACAGCCAUCCCUUGCCCCCUUCUCUCAUGGUCAAAAUGAUCAACACAUGAUUCCUCCUCACUUAAAUAAAAUACCUGCAUCGCAUGCUAGCACGCACGUAUCUGGACACACUCAGCAAGUAAACAAUAAUACUCAAGCGACUCAUCUUCCUCCAGGUAUGCCUCACUUCAUCAGUCAGUUUGCUCCGCCUGCUUAUCACAUGUUCAACCUACCAGGAGGUUCCAGCACAACUUCUGCUAUCUUUGAUCUCGAUCAUCUACAGCUCUUGCAACAACAGAGGAUGUUGUAUGACAUGCACUUGCAACACCAAGCUGCCACUACAGCUCAAAGUCUUCUCACUGCAAACGCGGAUUCUUCAACCUCGGUAAAACCCGUCAGCCACAAUCUGUCCAACUCAAUGGGUCAUGUUACUGCUGCUAACACAGGGAUGAGACCUGACAUGCUAACAACCGCACUCGGGCACACUCCACAAAUGAUGACACAUGGACACCCAUACUUUCCUUAUCCCGGUUUCGUCCUCAUGAAUGGUUAUCCAAAUCCAUUUUUAAACCAACAGCAGCCAAAUUCAGACAAUUCUCAGGUUCAAAAUCCUGGUCAGUGUGCAUCGCCAAUAACUCAACACCAAACCCAAUUGAAUCAAGCCCAAUCUUACAAUAGUCUCAAGCAGCUUGCUAGUGGAGUUGGGAACUAUGAAGAUUUGUUAGACGUUAAGUAUGGUGACCCACCAAAACAAGUUGGUUUCAAAAAUAGCUCAAACCCACCCAACUAUAGCUCAUUUCAGUCUCAAGGGAUGUCGUUAGAUGCUGUCAGUGGGAAGUUAUCUUCUGCUUCUCAUUCCAACAACGGUUCUCUGGUUCAAAAUUUUAACCAUGGGAAUACCAAUUCUCAUGCACAGCACUUUUCGCCACAAUUUUAUGCAUCUGCUUCGGGUUCGCCGUAUAUAAACACAGUUGCUGCUGCAGUAGCUGCAGCUGCUGCUGCCAAACAUGGGCCCAGUAAUAACUCUGCAGUCAGUACAAAUCAAUCGAACCCAAAUAUUGGUGUUGCUACUAACCAAGCUGGCGCUGUUACUGGACAAAAUCAGAUACAUUUAACUGGGAACCCGUCUCAAGGAAUGGUUCUUGGUAAUACCGGUCAAAGUUUACAUCAUCACCAGCGUGCUCCGAUUCCACAUCCUCAACAUUGAUCUAAAUAAAUUGCCGAUAAAGUUAUUAUGUUAUGCUAGUUGUUGUUCAUUACAUUGUUUCGGCCAUAGAAUGUCCAUAGAAUGGUUUUUAAUCGACUUCACUUAGGCGAUCGAGACAUAUUUGCCUUCAAUAUCUUUGGCAUGUGUAAAUAUAUAAAAACGUUCUACCAAGAUUAUUACAUUGAGACAUGUUUUCUUUUCAAGCUAUGUUUGUGCGAAAUGCUUGCAUUAGGUUUUCACUUCAACUUCAUUUUCUCUGAUGUUCACAUCUUCAUAUGUUGCAUAUCUCAUGAGCUUUCGUUUUUUAUUCAUUCUUAUGUUCGUUCAUCUUGAUCCUUAUAAAUCUAAAGCAUUGAUCUAAAAUAAAUUUACUUGACGU